AUUUAGUUAGAGCCUUUAGCAUCAUCCUUCGAGCCAUCAUCGAUCAUCUCCAAACAAUCAUUCUAACAUACCGCAGGUUGGACGGCCAGUAUACGUAAUUCCUUUCACCGUAUAACCCAGUGCCCUGUAUGUUUUCAAUACAUCGGUUGGGCAUAAUCAGUGAUUGCAGUACUAUAUCGUACCUAUAAAAUGAGUCAGUCGGACUCCUUUGCAGAGCACUCCUCAGCGCUUCUGUCACCGCCCACUUCCAGAGGAGGACACUCUGAUGCUAGUGAUUCAGAGGCUAGCAAGCCACUCGCAUUCAAGCAGCCGCCUCCAGAAAUAUUACUAGAUAUACUUGAAUUCGCACUUCCUCCCACAGUCUUUCUGGAUGCAUCCUUGGCUUGCGGACCUUUGUCUGCCUGGUGUCUGGCGCAACGAACCAAGAAAUCUUUAAUUCUCGUCUGCAAAUGUUGGCGGGAGAUCGGUACCCCUUUGCUAUACCGGAAAAUACAUUUUCGCCACAUCGGACAAGUCGCAGCACUUCUCAGUACUUUGCAGGGCAAUACGCGACUUGGUGAGAUGAUCAUGGAUAUCAAAAUGUCUUGCCAUGUGAUGUCCCAAUGCUUUGUGAUGUUCGAUGACGCCCUUCAACACAUCUUGGGGAUGAGCCCAAAUGCUACGCGAUUAUCACUAAGUAUGGGUAUCCGCGACCUUAUUGGUAUCCGCAACCUGUUGGUACCCUCUACACGUCAGUAUGACCUCCAGAAAUGCAAAAGUCUCACCAUCCUGUCUUUGUUCUUUGAUACCUGCGACAAGGAUUACGUCAAAUAUCUUACCCUCGAACACCUCCAGGAAUUUCAGAUUACCGUGAUAUGGUCCUAUCUCCACAAAUUAGAUUUCCUUGACGAAAUUGCCCGGAAUUGGAACCUGCCUUGCCUUUGCCGUUUCACGAUGUAUGAAUGGCGACCCAAACCAUCUCAGGUCUCACAGUACCUCAAAUUUUUGGAUGCACACAGCAAACGCCUGACGACACUUCCCAUCACUGCUCCCCUCGACCGCGAGUACGCUGUUGAGCCUCUUCUGCACUCACAAUCCGUUCAGUCGGUUCUAGACCGCUGCCACGCCCUGGAGCACCUUGCAUUAUUCCCACUUAUGACUGAAUUCGUGGGCUCUCAUGAACCCCUUCUGGACACGCAAAAUAUUCAAAUACUUCCAGACCACUGUUCCUCACCUAUGCAUGGGAGAUCUUUGUCGCACAAGACUUUGCGGUGGAUGGAUAUUCGGGCAACGUGGCACCCUUCCGCCCCCGAUCCCAAUGUCAUACAGGUGUCAUGGAAGUCUCAGUGUUUUCCGCAACUCCAAGCCAUUAGGUUAUUGGAUUGGGCGCUGCUCAGAACUACAGGGCCUCGCCUCCACCUUGUCAUUCCUCCCGACUCGGUGCGGCACCACGAGACCCUGCAGUGGCAUUUUCCAGGGGUUCACGUGCAGCAUGAUGCAGGACAUAUAUAUAAGCGGGACAUGGAUUAUGUCUCGUCUUAUGGGGCCACUUGUGCUGGUUAUGAAUCAUUCCGAAACAUAGUCAACGCCGGCGUUGAUUCAAUGUCGAGGGACUUCGACUACGACAGUGAUGACGAGACUUUCGAGAGCGUCUCCUCGGCAUCAUUGAUUCAGCAUAUGACAGCGAGGAGGGAGAUCUAG